CAUGGUCGUUGUCUGAAAAAUGGAGGCCUGUGCAGCAGUAGAACGGGAAAUAGACAGAGUUUUGUCCAAAUUCACAUCCCUCCAUAACCACAGCCAGCGAACUGUUGAAGAACUAAGCACUUCCAUUGAAAGUUUACGACGAGAACUUAAUGAAGUUACAGAGGACCAUGAGCUGACCCACACACAGUCCAUGAUCCUGUCACAGAGCGUCAAGAGAAUCCGAGACGCUGUGUCACGUCUCAGCACAGAGCACAAGGACCUGCAUGGAACUGUCUCCAAAGUGGGAAAAGCUAUAGAUCGGAACUUUGUGUCGGACUUCUCCGCCAUUACUACCGAGGGAGCGUUUGAUGGUGAGGACAAGCAGAAGCUUCUGAAUGAGGUUGUGUGUGAGCACUUCCUGAGACAAGGCAUGUUGGAUAUUGCGGAAGCUCUCAAUGAGGAUGCAGCACUUCAACUUGACGGAGACAGGAAGGAGCCAUUUCUGGAGCUGCAUAGAAUUCUUGGAGCCCUCAAGCUGAGAGAUCUACGACCGGCUCUUGGCUGGGCGGAGGCUAACCGAGACCGUCUGCUCCAGAAGAACAGCUCCCUGGAGUUCAAGCUGCACCGACUGCAGUUCAUCGACCUCCUCCGCCAGGGCCCGGAACGCCAGAAGGAGGCUCUGUGGUAUACACGCAACUUCUCACCUUUCGCACAUCAACAUGCAAGAGAGUUACAGGCCCUGAUGGGAAGUCUCCUUUACCUGAGACAAGGAGUGGAGAACUCUCCAUACUCUUCCCUGCUUGAUCCCAUCUACUGGGAGGAAAUCUGUGACGUCUUCACGCGUGAUGCGUGUUCUCUCAUGGGGCUGUCUGUUGAGAGCCCCCUCAGUGUCAGUAUUCGAGCCGGCUGCAAGUCGCUGCCUCCCCUGUUGAGUAUACGACAAGUUAUGCAACAGAGACAAGUCACCGGGGUUUGGACUAACAAGGAUGAGUUGCCGGUUGAGAUAGACUUGGGCCCCGAGUACAGGUAUCACUCCAUCUUCGCCUGCCCCAUCCUCCGCCAACAGGCUACGGAAAACAACCCCCCGGUCAGGCUGGUAUGUGGCCAUGUCAUCUCACGCGAUGCCCUCAACAAACUCUCUAAUGGAAACAAUGUGCUUUAUUCCAGAGUGAAGUGUCCAUACUGUCCGAUUGAGCAGCUGCCGGCUGAAGCCAAGAGUAUUUUCUUUUGAUCUCAUCACUUUGUAGUGACACAUCUUGUCUCCCCAGUAAAAUUAGAUUGAGAGUUAUCUCCCCCUGGUCCCAGCAGCUCAUUGGUACACCUUACCGUGUUUACAUAUUGGCAGUGGCGGGUGAGAAAACCUGACCUUCUCAGCAGCAGCAGCAGCAGCAGUUUGAUAUUCAGAUUGCUUGACUUUUAUGUUCCAUAACAAAUAUGUAACUCUGCCAUAUCAACUUAUGUUCAAGUUUGACAUCAUUCACCUACCCUGGUUGAAGCAUGUCGUCGAUCGCAAUUGCAUGGAUCGAUGCUCAUGAUAUCAAUCACUGGAUUGUCUGGUCCAGGCUCGAUUAUUUACAGACCGCCGUCAUAUAGCUGGAAUAUUGCUGAGUGCAGCGCUACACAACAUACCAACCAAACCAACAUUCAUCUACCCAGGCUUCAAGAAAUGUACUUGUUUUAGGUAGCCAGUGCAAUUAGUGCUACAUUAUUUCUAUGAUUCCACAGAAAAUGUGCUAGACAAUUGCAAAACAUCUAAGUAUAUGUUCGCAAAUAUUCUGCCAGUUUCUGUCCCUUCAUUAUAUUUGAAGUAACAGAAUUGACCGACAUGUCAUAUAGUCCUCCAAUCUCAUUUAAAUAAGAUUUAAGUUCUCGCUGACGCUAAACAAAGAUCUUAGGACAUCCCAUUAUGUGUAACGUCAGAAUGACUUAUCUCGAACUUUGACCAACCACUGAAAUGUCGACAUUCAAGAAGUUCUCAUCAGCCAAUUAGAAAGCAGCUUUCUCGAGCUUUACAGCACUGGUUUCAACCUGGCGACUUCCAUUUAAACUAUGCUUGAAAGACAUGUUGACACAAUUCUCGAUUAAAAUUUGAAAACUGAACAAACAAACAUUCCUGAAUGUCUAAUAUAUGGUUGAGAUUGUUUUGGGGUGCUCUCUUACCGUGAAACUCCUCCUCCUUUCAAAUCUUUAUCCCACGGAAGCAAGAGAAAGACGAUAAUUUUGACGAAAUCAGCGGUACUGGCCGUAACUGUCGUUUGGAAUACUCCAUGUUAACAUUUUCGAGGUUGCAUGAUUAGAAAACACAUUCUGACUCACUUUCAUUAUCUGGUAAGCGACGCUUUGAUUAGUCAUAUGAAAUGUCGUUCUGACAUGACCCCUAAUGGGAUGUCCUCAGAUCUUUGUUUAGCGAUAGCGAGAACUAAGAUCUGAUUGUAACGAGAUUGUAUUGUCCUCUGGGCAAGAAGACAACAUCAUUUCAAAAUUACUGGUCCUGAUCAACGUUUUUUGACAUUUGUCUGGUGGAUGAGUUUUUCGUCGACACCUGUUUGCAUAUUUCUCUCUUUGCCCCAAAACAUCUUCCAAAUGGUUCCUCCACAAUGAAUUGAAAAUAGAAUUCUUGAGAAACAUUCUUGCAAGGAGGACUUUCUUACCUGAUGUGGUUAGUGUUUACUGUAUUUAGUCAUGUAUAGAAAGAGUUUGACAUAAAGCAUUAAAUGUGUCUGUGACAAACAGUCUGCAUUGUAAAACAUGAGAUUAUUAUUAACUGCAUGGUUUCAAAACAAAUAUUUUCACAAAGCAAGUUCACAUUUACUCUCAACCAAGUCU